AUGCUGCAGAUGGUCAGGACGCUUGCCCAGUUCACCAUCGCAUUGGAAGACAUGCGAGAACUUGGGGAGGCGGCCGACCCCACUGGGUUGAACCCCCCUUCCUCGGUCGGGGGGAACGCCGAGGAGGGCCCAGAGAAGACCCCCGGAGCCAACUGCAGCAAUAGAAGUAGCCCCGUCAGGAACGGCACGGCUGAGGAUAUGCGGAAACACGUCACCAUGACGCUCUUGGACACAGAGCAGUCCUAUGUGGAAUCUCUCCGGACCCUGAUGCAGGGUUACAUGAAGCCCCUGAAGCAGCCGGAAAAUUCCACCCUCUGUGACCCCUCGCUGGUGGAUGAGAUCUUUGAUCAGAUUCCCGAGUUGUUGGAACAUCACGAGGAGUUCCUGGAGCAAAUCUCCGAAUGUGUGCAGAACUGGCAUGAGAAACAGAAAGUGGGAGAGAUCUUAGUACAGUCUUUUUCCAAAGACAUCUUGGUGAAUAUUUAUUCUGCCUACAUCGAUAACUUUCUCAAUGCCAAAGAUGCUGUAAGGAUUGCUAAAGAAGCCCGACCGGCGUUCAUGAAGUUUCUGGCGCAAAGCAUGCGAGAAAACAAAGAAAAACAGGCCCUCUCCGAUCUCAUGAUCAAGCCAGUGCAACGAAUUCCACGCUAUGAACUUCUGGUCAAGGACCUUCUGAAACAUACUUCAGAGGAGCAUCCAGACUAUCCAUUCUUGAUAGAAGCCCAGAAGAGCAUCAAGCAGGUGGCUGAGAAGAUCAAUAAAGGGAUGAAGAGCGCGGAAGAGGUGGAGCGGAACGCUCGCAUACUGCAGGAGAUUGAAUCACAUAUUGAAGGAAUGGAAGAUCUUCAGGCUCCCCUUCGGAGGUUCUUACGGCAGGAGAUGGUGAUAGAAAUGAAGCCUGUGGGUGGAAGGAAGGAUCGUUCCCUUUUCCUCUUCACUGAUUUGUUGGCGUGCACUACGCUGAAACGCAAGUCAGGGUCUCUGCGGCGGAGUUCGAUGAGUCUCUACACGGCAGCCAGUGUGAUAGACACCGCCAGCAAGUACAAGUUGCUUUGGAAAAUGCCUCUGGAAGACGUAGACAUUGUGAAAGGGAGCUCUCAGUCCACCAACCGCGACAGCAUCCAGAAGGCCAUCUGCCGCCUGGACGAAGACCUGAGCACGCUUGGACAAGUCAGCAAACUUUCUGAGACUCUCAGUUUCCCCCACCAGACCCUGGAUGAUGUUAUCAAGGACUUAAUGGCUGCCAUCCACCGGGAACUCACGGAGAAGCAGUCGAUGUCAUUCACCAUGUCCUUUCCACCCAACAAAAUGGAGCUCACCGUUACCAAAUCCGACAGCACCGACUCUCAUAUUUUUGAAUUUCCCAAUCCAGAUGCACGUCAUAGUUUUGAACAAGGCUUCGAGGAUGCAAAGAAAAAGCUAGCUUCUAACAAAAAUUGUCUGGACCCCGAGUUCCUGAAAGCAAUUCCCAUUAUGAAAACACGGAGUGGGAUGCAAUUCUCCUGCGCCUCCCCCAGCCACAACAACCCGGAGAAUGCCUACGAGGUCUGGGUCUGCAACAGCGACGGUUACGUCGGGCAGGUUUGUCUGCUCAGCAUCAAGAAGGAGCCCAUCGUGGAGGCUUGCAUCGCAGUCUGUUCCGCCCGGAUCCUGUGCAUCGCCUCGGUGCCUGGUCUCAAGAGGACCUACAGGGAACGUCCAAUCUCUCUGGCCAGCCCAGCCUCGGAGCCCGCUAAUCCCACCCUGGAUGAGGCUGCACCUCAACCAUGUUUGCAUAUCUCCAUUUCGGGCUCUUCUCUGGAGAUCUCGGAGCCAGUGGACAGCACCGGCCGGGAACUUGUCCCUUUUGACAGCGACGACACCGAUGAUGAGUCCUCCCCAAGUCCCUCCGGCACGCUUCAGAGCCAUUCCACCAUCUCCAGUUUUACAAAUGAGGAGAUUCCAAGCUCCAAAGAUGUGACAGCAGAGACCACCAGCUCCGAAGAGGAGCAGGAUCCAAGUAGUUUCCUCCCCAACGGUCGCCCCUUUGCCCAGAACCGGAUCAGCGAAAGCUCCAUGGAUGGCCGAGCUAUGAGACGCUCCAGUCAAGGGUCCUUUACCAGGGCCAGCCUGGAAGACCUGCUGAGCGUGGAUCCUGAGGCCUAUCAAAGUUCCAUGUGGCUGGGAACAGAGGAUGGUUGCAUCCACGUCUAUCAGUCUUCAGACAACAUUCGCAACAGGAAGAACAGCCUGAAGAUGCAGCAUUCAGCCUCUGUUACGUGCAUUUUGUAUCUUGACAACCAGGUGUUCGUGUCGCUGGCCAAUGGAGAGCUGGUUGCCUAUCAGAGGGAAGCAGGGCGUUUUUGGGAUUCUCAGAACUCCAAGUCUCUCUUGUUGGGCUCCCCAGGCAGCCCCGUGACCAAGAUGGUGGCCGUGGGUGGAAAGCUCUGGUGUGGAUGCCAGAACCGAAUCAUUAUCCUCAAGACUUCCACACUGCUGCAGGAGCACACCUUUCUGGUUGGGCAGGACAGCAAUCGCAGCGUGACCUGCCUGGUGACCUCCAGCGUAGGGAUUUGGGUCACCCUCCAGGGGAGCGCCCAGGUGAGACUUUAUCAUCCUGCCAGCUAUGAUCAGUUGGCUGAAGUGGACGUCACCCCUCCGGUCCACAAGAUGCUGGCAG